AUGCCGUCGUCGACGAUCCGGAGCAUCUCCAUCACAGUAUCUGACGACGACGGCGCCGCGGCGCCCCGGCGUACCCGCGCCGGUCGACGGAAGGUGGUGCGCAGCUUGGGGCAGCGCGCCGUGCGGCUCGUGGCCCGGUGGUGGCCUAUCCUCCUGCUCCUCCCGGCCGUCGCGCUGCUACUCUUCGAGGCCUCCCGGCUCCGUGCCUCUCCGAGCCCCGCCCCGCCAGUAUCGAGCAGCCUUGGCCGCCUAGACCCGACCACGCGCCUCGUCCAUGGCGUGCGCGAGCCGUGCCUGAAGGUUCUUAGCCCGAAGAGUAUAGAAAAUUUGGUAUUUCAUGAAGGCUCGGGACUUGAUGCUGUGGUCAAGAGGAUUAUAUACAAAACUGACGAUGACGACUAUGACUCACACCACUCUGAGGCAAACUCUACCUAUUUACUGCAGCACGCAGAAGCUACCAGGUUCAAUUUGUUUACAGGAUUCCAAACAGUUCCUGAAAGAGAAGAGAGCUUCAAGGUGAAUGAGACUGUUAGUGUGCACUGUGGUUUCUAUAGUGACAAUGGCGGUUUCAAAAUUUCGGAUGAUGAUGUCAGAUACAUGAGAACCUGUAAAGUUGUUGUGUCUACCUGCGCAUUCGGUGGCGGGGAUGAUCUAUAUCAACCUAUUGGAAUGGUCAAUUCUUCUAUUGGAAAGGUCUGCUAUGUGGCUUUCUGGGAUGCGGUCACACUAUCAACUCAAGAAGCUGAAGGAAAAUUAACUGGCGACAAUGAAAUGAUAGGAAGGUGGCGUAUCAUUGUUGUCAAGAAUCUCCCCUUUGUGGAUCAACGUUUAAAUGGGAAAAUACCGAAGAUGUUGACUCACCGACUUUUCCCAGAAGCAAGUUACUCUAUAUGGGUAGACUCUAAAUACCAGUUCAGAAGAGAUCCAAUAGGAGUGCUUGAAGCACUUCUUUGGAGGACAAACUCUACCUUUGCUAUUUCUGAACAUGGAGCACGGACUAACAUUUAUGAUGAGGGGAAAGCGAUUGUUCAAAAGCACAAGGCUACUCCUGAAGAAGUAGAGGUUCAGCUAACUCAAUAUCGUCAAGACGGCAUGCCAGAUGAAAAAAGACUACAUGGAUUAAAAGCUUUGGCUGAAGCUUCUAUCAUUGUGAGGGAGCUGACCCCAUUGACGAAUCAUUUCAUGUGUGCUUGGUUCAAUGAAGUUGUUCGUUUCACAUCUCGGGAUCAACUCAGUUUUCCGUUUAAAGAGUCGUAUGAGCCACACACUCCUAGCACAGUAGAACCUAAGAUUGUUGGACACACUAUGGCUGAAGGCAACACCCCUUACGAGAAAUGUUGCCAAACUGAUACUUUGUUGUCGUACUGUCGGGGAAGAAGACCGGAAGCACAAAAGAAAGAAUCUCUGGUGAUAAGAACAUUCUUGACAAUACCACCAUCACCGUCGCCAAAAAUAGGCCGAAGUGCGGAUGACAAUCCUCAACAAUGGGAGUCGUCGAUCUGCGGGACCAAAACACCACAACCCCUUCCUCAUGACAUAUGGAACACAACAUGGUACCCUAAGGCUGCAGAUCACGUAACUACCGAGAAGACGUGGUAUGUUGUUGAUGCAGAGGACAAGAUUCUUGGCAGGCUAGCAUCUGCUAUCGCAGUGCAUAUGAGAGGGAAAAAUGAGCCUACAUACACUCCAAGUGUGGACAUGGGGGCUUUUGUUAUUGUGGUUAAUGCAGAGAAGGUUGCUGUUUCUGGUAAAAAGCGGUCACAGAAGCUCUAUAAAAGGCACUCUGGACGGCCCGGUGGAAUGAAAGAAGAAACUUUUGAUCAGCUUCAGAAAAGGAUUCCGGAGAGAAUUAUCGAACAUGCUGUGCGUGGCAUGCUUCCUAAGGGCAGGCUGGGAAGAAGACUAUUUACCCACCUCAAGGUGUACAAAGGAUCAGAGCACCCGCAUGUGGCUCAAAAACCUGUUCCACUGCCCAUCAGAGACAAAAGAAUAAUGAAGUCUGGCUAG